AUGAAUCCUAAUUUUGAUAAUAGUUUCCAUUAAAAAGAUGAUAUUAUUCAGAAAUUUCCAUAAUCAGAAUAGUGUUUAUCAAAUCACAAAAAUUUCAGUCUUGACAAUGAUAUUAUGAGAACAUAUAGUUUAGAUACUCCAAAAGUGAAUUUUGAGAAUUGGAAUACUCAGACUCAAACAAAAGUGAUUAAGUAGGAAUGCAAUCUAGAUAAUCCUUUCAUAUAGAAUUAAGUAAUUAUAUUAAAUAUAUUAUAUAGAAUGUAGAAUCUGAGUUCUAAAUUAAUGUUGAUAAUAUCUUACAAAUUAAUCAGAAUUGUAUAAAAUUCAUUUGA